CAAGAGGAUAGAGGACAGAAAGUCUUUUAGGAAAGUAUUGGUAAUUGACUGUCUAAUAAGAAGAAAGUAAUCAUUAUCAAUUGUUUGUUGGGAUUAUCACCGUUGUGAUUACAAAGAAAGAUGCCAACAGUAGAUAGAGCUUUGGCCUUGUUAAGAAAAUAUCCUCGAGUUUCUCCUCAGAAUAUAUCUGAUCUUCCAGGAAGCAAACCACCCAAGUAUCACGGUUUGAAACGAAUGCGAAGAGGUCUUGGUCAUCGUGGUGCUUCCCAGUUUCAAGCAUUCCCACCCUUGGGAAUUUUGGGUGAAAAGACACCAUUUUAUCUUUCUGUUCCUAAAGAACCUUACAACAUUAACAGCAUGUCUGAAAACAAUCUUCACCGUAUUUCGCUUCUAGAGCUUCAAAGACUGAUAGACCUUAAUCGAAUAAAUCCACUAGAGCCUAUUGACAUUUCCACACUAUGUAACACCAAUCUUUACCGGUUAAAUGUGGAUCAUGAUCGACAAUAUGGUUUCCAUCUAACUGACGAAGGUAUCGAUAACUUUGUUACUCCUGUCAAUAUUGAAGUUCAGUAUGCUAGUGAAGAAGUAAUUGCAGCUGUGGAAAGAGUAGGGGGAAUAAUCUGUAACCGUUAUUAUGAUCUGUAUUCCGUUUGGGUAAAAUCUGACCCUCAAGGAUUCUUCAUGAAAGGCAUUCCGAUCCCAAAAGCUAAAUUGCCUCCUAAUGCGUUGAUUCCAUUCUACGCAAACGCUGAGUCUCGAGGUUAUCUGGCGGACCCUGAGGAAGUGGCGAAAUCUCGAAUUUGGUUGGCUCAAAAGUAUGGUUAUCAACCAUUCGAUUUUAGUUCAUCCUCGGAAUCCACUCAAAAGCUGAUGUCUAUGCGGAAAGAUCCUCGACAAAUAUUUCAUGGACUGGAGCCUGGUUGGCUUGUCAGUAUUCCUGACAAAGCGGUUUUAAAGCCAAAAUCUGAUCUCCUUGAUGCCUACCACAAAUCCUGAUUCCCCCA